UCGGUCACUGCUGGGUUACCGGACCGAUGCACCGCCCGGACGCCGGUCGUCCUCGUCAGCUCAGCGCCUCAGCUCCAAACACAGACAGCAAGCGAGGGACGGCCGACCGAGAGGGAGAACCCAGGCCGGCCAGAGCCCAGAUGGAGCAUGAGGAUCAAGAAGCGCAGAAGCCUCUCCUGGCCACGGCCGCCGGGAGCAGCGGCGAUGGCCGUCGGGGAGCUGCGUCCGCCUCCUCCUCCUCUUCUUCGAUUGCCGUGGUGGUCGCCAGCACCGCCGUCGCCGUCGCCGGAUCCUUCGAGUUCGGCAUCUCGGUGGGCUACUCGUCGCCUUCUCAGCCGGGCAUCAUGCGUGAUCUCGACCUCUCCUUAGCCGAGUACUCUGUCUUUGGCUCGAUACUAACCAUUGGAGCAAUGCUAGGAGCUAUUGUCAGUGGUACCGUGGCAGACCGUGUCGGCCGAAGAUUUACAAUGGCAAUAUCAGAUCUUCUCUGCAUUCUUGGAUAUCUCCUGAUAACAUUUUCCCAGAACUUUUGGUGGCUUGACAUCGGACGGGUCUCAAUUGGAUGUGGAAUUGGCCUUCUUUCAUAUGUGGUUCCAGUCUAUAUAUCAGAGAUAACACCAAAGAAUCUCAGAGGAGGAUUCGCAACUGUAAACCAGUUUAUGAUAUGUUGCGGGGCAUCUCUUGCUUAUGUUUUGGGGACCUUUAUCACUUGGCGUACCUUGGCAAUCAUCGGAGUGGCACCAUGUUUACUGCAGUUGGUUGGCCUUCUUGUGACUCCUGAAUCCCCUAGAUGGCUGGCAAGGUUUGGACACCCAGGUGCAUUUCAGGCAGAGUUGCAGAAGCUAAGGGGAAAGGGAGUUGAUAUGUCUGAGGAAGCUGAAGAAAUUAAAGAUUUUACAGAAAAGCUUCAGCACUUACCAAAGUCAAAGGUUUUGGACCUGUUUCAGAAGGAUUAUAUUCAUGCUGUUACAGUUGGAGUUGGGCUAAUGGCCCUUCAACAGUUUGGGGGAGUGAAUGCCAUUUGCUUCUAUGCCAGUGAAAUAUUUGUUUCAGCUGGUUUUUCGUCAGGAAACACAGGAAUGCUUGCUAUGGUUGCUGUCCAGAUUCCGAUGACGGGAUUAGGGGUACUUCUAAUGGAGAAGGCUGGAAGGAGGCCACUUUUGAUGAUCUCUGCAGCUGGAACAUGCCUGGGUUGCCUACUAGUUGGUUUGUCAUUCUUAGCUAAGGAACAUCACUGGGGAAAGGACCUGAACAUAUUGCUGGCUUUGGCAGGCAUUCUGGUACAGAGUACAGACUGGUUAUUGUUUAAGGACCUGAACACAUUGCUGGCUUUGGCAGGCAUUUUUCUCUCAAACAGACAUACACAAAACUAUUGUUCUGAAGAUUUUUAUUUUAAACCAGACUUUUGGUGGAUCCUUUUCACUGGGCAUGGGGGGAAUACCAUGGGUUAUAAUGUCAGAGAUAUUUCCCAUAAACAUGAAGGGAGCAGCAGGAAGCCUUGUGACCCUAGUAAGCUGGCUCAGCUCAUGGAUCGUCUCAUAUGCCUUCAACUUUCUCCUGGUGUGGAACUCUUAUGGCACAUUCUUCAUCUUCGCAAGCAUCUGUGGCCUCACAGUUGUGUUUGUGGCACGGCUAGUGCCAGAAACAAAAGGAAGAACCCUAGAAGAGAUUCAAGCCUCCAUGAACUCGUCCUUAGCGGGCACCUCUCACAAAUGAUUUGCUUGUCUAGUUUAGAUAGCCAAAUAUGUAACGUUCGGGUGAUUGUCUGGGAUACUGUUGUUUGUAGACAUAGGAGUUUGUAUAUCAUAUUUUACCAAUAACAUACGCAUACUGUAUUGCAAACUGGGUGCCACUGAUUUUGGCUCAAAUCUCAUUUCUAUCACCAGAAAAGAGAACACACUCGUUUUCUUUAAGGAAAAUGUACAUUGAUACA